AUGGUACACCAUCCACCUAACGAUGUUCUGGUGGUGACAUUGAAAGUUAGAGAUUGCCAAGCGAGGCAUAUCUUAAUUGAUCAAGGAAACUCUUGUGACAUCAUGUACGUUAGAUGUUACAAGGAGCUCGGCCUCCAUAAAGAUGAUCUAAAGCAAUCUGAUAGCCCUAUGGUCGGAUUCAAUGGCACACUGACAUGGCUGCUAGAGACCACAAGGCUAGAGGUGCAAGCAGGGACCAAGAAGGUAACUAUAGAAUUUACUAUAAUAAAUACCCCCUUUCUAUACAACAACAUUCUGGGAAGACCUUGGCUGCACGCAAUGAGGGAUAUUCCUUCAACGCUACACCAACUAUUGCGAUUCCCAGCUGAGCAAGGGAUUAAAGAAGUAAGGGGAGACCAAGUACAUGAGAAAAAUUGCUCCAUGGUAGUAAUAAGGUAUACUUGCAAUGUGAGGGAAGUAAAGACAUCAGAGAUUGAAAGUGAAGAUUGGGAGGUCUUGGAUGAUGUCGACAAAGAACCAGUCGACAAUAGUGAAGAACCCUUGAAAAAGGUUCUUGUACAGGAAGGCGAUGAAGAGUGA